AUGCUGAUGAUGAAUCAUAUUACUUCAUUGCAGAAAGAGACGACCAAUUUUGAGGCUUGUCGAGACUUGAAUGGUCAACGACUACGAAACGUGCACGACCAAGAAACCAUGGUGGACUUUUUGAAGAAGACUGAAGAGCGGGAAAAGGAACGGGAAGAGUUAAAGAAGAAGAAGCAAGAACAGCUCACGCGGGGGCCACUACAUGCAUUUGAUCACCAGGCACACGGGACUGAGGUGCGAGACGCUAAGGAGAAAGUCAACGAGGCCUUGAAUGAAGCGCUGAAGAAGAGGAAGUUCGAAGGCGACGAGGAGGCUACCGCAUCGAAGAAGGUGAAAGCCAAGAAACUCAAGAUCUGGGGGGACGAUGACGACCUCAGCGGCAGCGAUAGCGAUAGUGAUAGCGGCAGUGAUGGCGAAAAGGACGAGAAAGCCGCGAGUUUAGUCACUACGACAACGUCGAGUACUUCUACUACCGCAACGUCAAAGCAAACCUCGCUUACGGCGGUUGAGGGCUGA